AAUUAUAAUGAUAAUCUGUUAAUCUUGCAAUUGUUGAGUUUACAGCGAAACUAACUGAAUUCACACUUUCGAUCGAGCAUUAAUCACAUGAGUAACGUAUACAUGCAAGUUUGAUUGAUCGAUAUGUAUUCGGAUUGCAUGACUCGAUAAAUAAAUCCUCAAGUUCAGCUUAUGCAAUUACUGCAGUGCCGCAUUUUUUGAGCCACAUUAACUUUGCCUUCGUGCCGAGACCUGCAACUUUAUAGUUUAUAUUAGCUCUACAAUAUAGACAUAUCUAGAUAGGAGUCGUCUGAGUAGUCAGCGAGUUUUAAAUUUCAUGAGUACGUUACAAAGCGCUCGAUCUCGACAGCACGAAUGCGAUCUACUAUCUACGACGAAAAUAAAAAAUGCACUUGGAGAACCCCUGCGUUCGCCGCAGUUACCUAAGCUGCAUGCGAUGAAAAGGGACUCCUUCUCUUCUACCCUCUUGUUCGCUCUCAUAAAAUUCCGCGUAAAAAGCGGUUCUAUCUCGGCGAAUGGUAUGAAAUAAAUACAAGCGCUAUAUUUGUGUUGUGUCCACGCUGCUCACACUGCCUAGUGCCUACUGCGGCUGCUGCUGCCCUGCGUAGCGUCAAGCGUCAAUUUGGUGGCGAAGCUCCGUCGUGAUUCAGUUAGAAUCCUCUGAGCGAAACGGAGCAUCGCGCUUAGCCGCUCAAGUUGAUCAACAUUGUUAACGUACGCAACACUCGAAAUUGUUACUCGUAAUUGCGGCAAAAUUUUGAUUCAAGAAUUUUGAAAAAAAAGCAACUCGCCCCAACUGCAAUUUGGCACUCGGCAGUCGCUAGAAUACUACAACUUGUUCUGCAGCAAUUUAACCGCCUUUUUUAAGAAGGUGGGGUUGCUGUGGUCGGUGCGUAUGCGACAUUUGUAUGUUAUAUACACAUAGCUGCUAUUCACAACACACAUAACAUAGCUCGGUCAAUCUGGCACGGAUACAUACAAUAGGGUCGAGAAAAACGGUCGUUUCGUUGAAAGAUUCAUUAACCAGCAGUGAGUGCGAUAUAUUCAGUCAUGACAAUGUUAAUUCGUCGUUGUUGAACGAUGCAUCAUUACGGAUACCAAACUACUGCAUACCUUUCAAUAUUAGCGAUCGAGGAAUGAAAUAACGAGUUAGACAAUUUCGAAGCAAAACGAAAUAAAAUGGAUGAAGAAAAACGUCGGAGACACUCUGCUUUGGAAGCUGGAAGAGAAAUGCUGGAAUCAUACAAAUCCAAACGAUUAAAUAGGAAAUCUAACAAUAAAACUUUAGAACAAGCUUCAGAUGAUGAAUCUUUUCAAGCUGAGCCAGAAAAUCAAUCUAUAAGUCGUAGAAACAUUAGCAUUAAUGAAAGUACUUUGUCAAGAGAUAUAACAAAUAGUAGUGUUAGUAUGAGUGAAGGAGAGGGUGAUAUUGAUUUAGAUGGUUUAGCUGGAAGAAUAACGGAACUGAAUGAAAUAUAUCAAAACAAAGUAGCUGCUGCUGAAGCAUUACAUGCUGAAAUUGAUACAUUCAGAGCAGAAACUUCAUCUCCAACAUCAUCGCACAGUCAUAAUAGUAGUAUUCAGUACAAAGAUGUUAUUGGUACCUAUCAUUCAAAGUUUCAAGAAUUUGAACGAGCUCUAAACCAAAGAGAUAAUUUGAUCGAAGAUCUUACAACUUCUUUGCAACAGGCUUUGGCUUCUAGAGAUGCCUUAAUUACUCAAAUAGACAUUUUAACACAGCUAGGAAUAUCUCGCAAUGGAAAUUUAAAUGACAAUAAUUUUACAGAUUCAAAUAAUGAUUAUGAUGAAAAAAAAGAUUUAGUUUUACAACUAUCUUCUCAAUUACAUCAAUCAAAACAACAGAUAAAAAAAUUAGAAAAUGAAAGAGAAAAUCAGAAAUCUGAAUUGAACAAUUAUAAAGACCAGUUAGAAAAUCUUAACGAAAAAAUGCGUGAUAAUUCAAAAGAAGAAAGUCCUGAUCACUCUCUAGUCGAAGAAUUACAGAAAAAAUAUGAAGAGCAAAUAGAUAAAAUUAAGAAAGAUAUGCAAAUAAUUGUCAAUAAAUUUGCUUCUGAAACUAGUGCCAAUGAAAUUAAACAUGACAAAGAGAUAAAGGAAUUACAAUUAAAACAUGAAGCAGAACUCCAAAAAUUGAAAGAAGAAAACAAAGCCCUUGAAAUAAGGCACCAAAACGAAAUGUCAGCUCUACAAGCUAAAUAUGAAGAUUGUGUUAACAAAUGUAAAACAUUUGAAUCAGAAUUGAAAAAACAAAUGAAAACUUAUAAAAAAGAAAAAUCACUGUGGAAUGACCAGAUUCAAUUGCAUAAACUUCAAUUGGAAGAAAUGACCACUAAAUAUUUAUCAGCUACUGCUGUACUUGAUUCAAAAGAGAGCAUUGAAAGAUCUCUUGAGCAAGCUCAAAGUGAAGCUGCAACUCUUAAAACAGAAAAUGAUUCACUUAAGUUCAAAUUAGAUGAUUUAACCGCGAGAUAUUCUGCUGCCCAAAACUUAUUGGAAAAUAAUCAAAUUCAAGAACGGACUUUAAAUAACAAGAUUUUCAGUUUAGAAAAAUCCUUAUCCAGAGUCAGUGGUAUUAGUUUGAAUGAGUUUGAUGAAACAAUGUAUCACACUCUUGAUGGGAUAGCUAUAGAAUUCCAAAUGACAAAACAGAAACUAGAAGAAAAAGCUAUUUUAGAAGAAGAACUUGUAAAAAAAAUACAGGAUUUGGAAGAUCUUGUCAGGCAAGGUCAAAAAGAACUUGAAUCGGCAAAUAUUGCGAGAGAAGACUAUGAGAAACAACUUAAAGAUAUGAAAAAUACUUGUAAAUGUUUACAAGCAGAGGUAAAUAGUAAUAUUCAGAGACAACCAUCUUUAAUAAUCGAUUCAGGACAAGAUAUGCAAGAUUUGCAACGAAUGAUAAGUCAAAGUUUUGAGCUUGAAAUAGAGAGCCUUCGAAAAACUCUCGAACGUCGAGAUAAGGAAACUGCAGAGUACAUCAAGAAAUUAGAAACUCUUAGUUCAACAAAUGAAAAAUUAGUACAAGAAAGUGAACAACUCAAGACAGGACUUGCCACAGCUUAUGCACAGUGUGCUAUGAUUGAAGAUAAACUGGAUCAAACAAUAGGUUUUAAUGACAGUAAAUUUAGUGACUCAAAUUUAAAUCAGUCAUUAUUUAAUUCAACAAGUGAUAUCGAAGACCAGAUGUACAGACAGUCAAGCUACAACAAUGUUUUAAUGAAAUUGGAAACGUGCAGGAAUCAGCUAGAAGAAUUUGAACGAGAAAAAAUGUUGCUUUUGAACGAUCUUGACAAAAAAAAUCGGGAAAAUGAUGACUUGAGAGCAAAAAUUGAAGAGAAAGAAGAACAGUACCGUCAUGAAAUUAGUAUGGAUCUCAAUCUCUUGCGAACAGAGCUUGAGGAGAAACACGCCAAAGAAAUGGAAAACCUACGAACCUACUUUGAACAAAAAUGUUUAGAAAUGGAAAAGCAAUAUUCUGAAGAAGUUUUCAGUCAGCAAUCAAAAAAAGUUUCAGAUGAAAGUGAAGUAGAAGAGCUAAGUUUAGAUUGCGGUGGUGGUGGUGAUGCAUCUACUAAUGGAAAUGAAAAGAAUUUAAAAAAUGAUUCAAAUACUUCUAUCAGCAAUGGGCUAAAAUAUACUGUAGAAGAAAAAGGAUCGAAACUUACAACUGAACCUAAAGAAAAAAUGGGGUAUCUGAAACAAUCAAAGUCAAACUCAGUUGUAGCAAUUAACCAAUUUUGUCAAACCGAGCAAACCGAAAACCCGCAAUCGACUGAAGUACAAGAGAGUCACAGUGAAUUAAAUGAGCUUCGAGCGGAUUACCAGAGACAGCUUCAAGAACAAAUCGAACUAGCUCGUAUCGAUAUCACUAAUGCUUUGAGAGAAAAAGUUGAGGCUUUGAUAGCGGCUGAUGCAGAAUCGGUGGAAAAAUGGCCAGCAGAAUUAUUAGAGUUGCGUAAUAAAUUUACGAGCAAUAUGAAAAGAGAAAUACAGCAACUUAAAGAACGCCAUGUUAGUGAAAUUAAACGUGUUAAGCAAGAAAGUGAGCAAGAAAUAAAUAGUUUGCGCGAAGAAAUACGAAAAAUUACUUCUGUAACUCACGAAUCACUACAGAAUAAUUUACUGAAAGAAAGGGAUACUUUGCAUAAAACCUUCACUACUCUCAAAGGUCUUGUUGGGCAGUUAAUUGAUUACUUCGUCCUUUGCGAAGAAGAAGUGAAUACUACACUGCUCAAUGAAGUCUUGAAAAAGCAACCUUCUUUCCGUCCAGAUCCUUGCUUGGAUUCCGCACUUAAUGUUCAACCCAAAAGGGUUCAUUUUGCACCUCAAUCUUCUGAAAUCACGUCGAUUGUUGGAAGCGAUAGUUAUUUAUUUGAUUUGAUUAACAGUGAUAAAGAUGUUGUGAAGAGUUUAAAGAAUGAACUAGAUACAUGCUUGCAAAGGCUUAAAUCCGAUAGUGCCAAGCUAUUAAAUACGUCGUUUUCGGAUUCUGAAUCAUGGUCCACAGGAAUUGGGGAUAGUCCAAGAGAUCAACUAAAAGAGGCUGAAAAAGCAGUAAUAACUUUGAAAGAAGAAAAUGAGCGUUUGAAAUCAAAAAUGUUAGAUCUGCAGCAACGAUUGCACAUUGCUGAGAGCAAAAAAGAAAUAAUCAGCGAAGGUUACGGGGAGCAAAAUGAAACAGAAGCCAGCGAAGAUUAUAGUCAACUCCAAGAUCGUGCAAAAUAUGUGGUAAUGAAUGGUUGUAAUGACACCGGAUAUCUCUUGCAACUCAUUGAUGAGUUAACAACGCAAGCUGAUAAAAGCUUGGAAGAAACGAGAAAAGAAAAAGACGACUUGCAGAAACAGGUCUCGUUAAAUCUUACUACUCCCACCCCAAACAUGCACAGGGUUCGCUCUGUAAAGAUCGAAGCUGCUGAUAAACAACUUCGUUUGACGAGAAAAUUCCAAGCAGAGCAGGCAGAUGAACGAGAACAGGAAAGGGAUGAAGCAGCUAAGCAGAUACAAGAGUUACAGGAUAAAUUACGUGAAAAGGAGCGAGAAAAAGAUCGCGAUCAUCACAAUACCACCGUUGAGCAGUCUGCACGCUCACCCACUUCGUCCACGUUAAGCGGUUCGCUUCAGCAUCAAUCAAGCGAUGAGUUUGAAAACGAAGGAUCAGUCGAAGCUUUAACAGUUCAGUUGCGGGAACUUGAAGCAAAGAAAGCAGAAACGGAUAAUGAACUGCGCCAAGCUCUUUCCAAAAUCUGGGAUCUGCGCGAAGUGAUUCAUGAUUUGGAACAACAAGUGCAAUCUAAAGGUGAACGAGAAGAUAUUCUUAUGAGACAAAUUGAACAGCUUGAAGAAAUCAUAGUUUCUCAGACAAGAAAUCAACAAGAGUUGAGUCAAGAGCUAGAAGCAAUCAGAACUGGCAACGAAAAUAAGCAAUUAAGUGAUCAUAUCGGACACCUACAGGAGGAGUUGAGAAAACAUCAGCUGUCUUCAGAACAGUUGACCGCAAAUUCAUCUGCCUUACGUCAACUUCGAUUAGAAUUGCGAGAUCUUCAAUCUCAGCUGGAACGUAAAACUCGAGAAUUGGAAUCUCUCCAUGUUUGUGGUUCGUCUCUCAGUAUAAGUCAGCCUAGUGAAGAUAUUUCAAUACGAGAUCAACUUGACGCUGCCCGUUGUCCUACGCCAGAUGACCCUACGUCUCCCCCUAUUCUACCAUUGGACAACGUUCUUAAACUUAAAGAUACUCUACUUCGACAUUUUCGAGUGCAAGAUGUUGCUUUCAAAAGGCUAAAGGAUUUAGAUAUUCAGUUAGGAGGCGUACAGAGACAAAAUGAAGAGUUGUUAGCAGAGCAAGAAAUAUUGCAACAAACCACUUCAGAACAACUCUUCCAAAUCGAAACUCUUCGAGCCAGACUAGAGCAACAAAAACAAAAUGCACCAUUUGCUCAACGUCAAGCAACGUCUCGACUCGAAACUCAACUUCACGAAAUAAAUGGCAGAUUACAAAUUACUGAACGGGCUUUACUUGAUAAAGAUAUGGAAUUAUCCGAAGUUAAAACACAGUUGGAACGCGUCAGUCGAUUAUUAGCUGAAAAAGAAAAUGAAAUAGUUAAUGUUGUGCAAUCUGAAAAUGAUUUUAUAAAAAAAUUGAAGGAUAAACUUGAAAUAUCCGAAGAAGAUAAACGUAUACUUGUUGCCAAACUAGCGGUGCAAGAUAAGUCACAAAAUGUGCCACAAUUAAUCGAUACUAUGUUAGCGGAGAAGAACGAGGAAAUAGAGCGAAUAAAAGCGCGUUUAGCUGAUACAGAAAAGCAAUUAGACAUAUAUUUAUCAUUAGAUGAGGCUCAAUUACGCGAAUUAUUGAGGCAAAAUGAGCAUCAAAAAAAUAGUGCCAGGACUUUAAGUGAUAUACUAUCAAUUAAUUCUGAUGGCGAGGAAGAGUCCGAAGAAGCUAUCAGAGAGCGGUCAAACUUCAUGAGAAGUCAAAAUAUAUCUCAUUUUAAAGGACCACUUCCUGCUGUAUUGCAAAAAAAAGAUGUGACAGAUUUCUCUCAAGAAAUUAAUGAGACACCAGUAGUGCCAAGAUUAGAUUUGGGUGGUUCCCAGAGUCAAAGUUAUGGUUCGGAAUUAAUUGUAGAUUCAAAUAUAAUUGAUGCUUCCAAAGCUGGGGAAUCCGCUCAAUCGCAGUCUGAAGAUGUAGAGAGUGAUGCAACAAAUGGAUCCUCCACUAUAUCCGAAGAUCCAAAUUACUUAUGUCCACGACAUGGUCACUUGACGCAUCCAGCUCCAGUUAUUCAAAAUAAUCUUCCCGCGCUCGAUAUGACAUCCCAGCGCGUAGAAGAAUGCGAAGCAUUUGAAUUGCACCAAGAACUAGUAGCUAAGUCAGCAUUACUUCAACAACGUGAAGCAGAACUCAUGGAAAUCCAAAAUAAUUUAAAACAACUUCAUGAGAACAUUAAGUCACUGAAUCAAGACAGGCUAUUUUAUAAAGAAGAAUUUGAGAAAAUGAAAGAUAACGAAUUAAAAAUACAAAGAGAUUACGAAGAAGUAGAGAAUUUGUUGAAAAUCAGAGAUGAAGAACUCAGUAAUUGUAAGGAGCAAAUCCAGAUGCAUGAUAAAUUAAUGCAUGAACAGGCUAUUCAAAGUGAAGUGGCUUUGUCAGAAAAACUCGGAGAAAUUAUUAAUUUGAAAGAAGAAUUGUCCGAAAGGGACACUGCCAUACACUCUUUGAAGCAACGGUUAAUAAAUCUUGAGGCAGAACGCCUAGAAUUACUUGAGUAUCAGCGAAAAAUCGAAAUGUAUCAAAUGGAGUUGAGUGAAAAGCAGGGAGAAAUCAGACGUCUAAGUGAAGGUAUGAGUAACAAAGAUAUGAUGAUCAGAAGACUAGAAGAGUUAACAAGACGAAGUAGCAUUAACGGAGGUUCUACAUCGAGUGAGAAAGACCAAGAGAUCUUUCACUUACAAGAAUAUCUCAAAGAAAAGGAUAAAGUAAUUCGCCAAAUGAGCGACGACAGUAAAGAUUUACAUCGUGCUCUCGAAACGAUUCAGAAUAAAAUGAAAGAAUCUGGAAAUGUUGUUGAACUUCGUCAAAAACUCAAAAGAGAACGCAAUGAUAAUGUAAAACUCACUAAAGAAAUUGUCAAGUUGCGUACCGAGAUUGAAAUGAUGAUCAGUUCUCGUCGAGCUGAUAUUGAAGAUAACGAUAUCGCCGAAAAAAUUCAAAGGGAAUUGAAUCUCUCUCUUAAAUUGGAUCAAAAAUUACUCGAAGCUGUAGAUAGUGAAACGGAAGUCACUAAUAUCAGUAAUAUCAUUAAAGGUGAUAAAACUAAUAAAGAAUAUGAAGAACUGAAGAGGCAAAAUGAAGAAUUAGAAAUCGAAAAAGAGAUGCUCAAAUCUCAGAUUGCUGAAUAUGAUAACAGAAUUCUACAGUUAAAAAAUGAUACGGAUGAAGAACUUAAGAAAGUAUCAAAGCUUGAAGAAGAACUUGCAAAAGAAAAGCACAAAGUCAGAUUGUUAACACUCCAGCUGCAACGUGAAAAGCAAACAACGGAGGAGGAUAAAGUAAGGGACACCGAACUCAUUAGGGAGCUAAGAAUAAAGCUUGAUGAAGCAAUUGAAUUCAGAGAUAAAUUGUUGAUGGAACAAAAAAAUUUAGAAUUGACAAAUUCUAUGAAAAUUCACAAUAAAGAUGAUGCCAUAGUUGCAGAAGCAGAAUAUAAAAAACAGCAAAUGGCUUUAUCAGCUAAACUUGAGUGUGAGCAGUUCCAACACAGUGAAAUUAAAGAAAAUUAUAAAAAACUACGAUUAGAAAAGGAACGUAUAGAAAAACAACUGACGGAAGCUCAAGAUAAAGUUGAAAAACUUAUGAUGAGUUUAGAACUUGCCGAUUGUCAAAAAGAUCAACUAAAAGCUGAUUUACGCAAAGCAAAGGAAGAACUUAAAGUAAAAAUUAAAGAUUGUGAAUGGCAACAAUCAAUUUUAAAAACUAUGAAUGAUGCAGAAAACAAACGUAAGCAAUGCAAAAUUGAAGAACAAAUUGAUAUAAAACAAUUAAAACAAGACUUGAAAAAUGCUCAAGACGUUAUGAUGGAUUUCGAAGCUGACAUGAAAACACUCAAAACGCAAUUAGCCGAAGCCUCGGAACGCGAGGCCCAUCAAAAUCACUGCAUCGAAGCGCUCACAGACAGAGAGACUGAACUUUGCGAACAAUUAGAAAUUGCUAAACACGAAGAAAAAAAAUUGCGUAGCAUCAUAGCAGAACAGCACACUGAGAUAAAAUUGUACCUUAGAAGAGAACAUGAUCUUGCUGAAGAACUAAAAAAAGAAAAGUCACCACUUGAUAUGAAUAGCUCGCCUAGUAAAGUUUUGCAGAGAAUAAAGGAUUUGAAUGCAAGAAUCGAAGGACUUUCACAAGAUAAGAUUCAUUUACAUGAAAAAACAAUACGAUUGCGCGAAGAAAGGGAUAGAUAUCUAGAUCAAAUUCGCUUUUUAGAAGCUCAGCUUUCACAAGCAAAUAGAAGUGUACAACCUGUAGUCUCGCGCAGUGAUUCCAAUGAAAGGCUUCAGAAUUUCUAUGGAAUGUACAUGCGCGCUAAAAGUCGACAAAAAGCUUUAGUGUAUCAAAAACAAUAUCUUUAUUGCAUUAUAGCUGGUUAUCAAAGAGUCGAAGCAAAUACUCUUGCUUUCCUGUCACAGUUGACUCAACAACAAAAACAAUAUGUACAUCGUGGUCAUAGAAAAGGACGUACUCGUUUCCGUUGUGCUGUAUUUAUGGUAAUCAGUAUUUUCAGAAUUAAAUGGUUGAUUCUGAGAUGGAGAACUGGCCGAAGAGUUGGCGCUAAUGUUAUGCUAGGUAAUGUAGCCUAUAGACAACAAGAAAUACAACCACCAGAAGUUUCGAGCAGAAGAAAUCAAGCUGAUUAUUCGCCACCGGUCCGAGAAAAAUCGGUUGCAAAAAUUCGUUUGCAAUGGACAACAUAAUAAAUUACUUUCGUUCGAGCUUCAUUCACGAGGUUUCGAUGCUAACGCUUACUGAUUGCAUAUUCAAUCUUUGCGUACUCGAACAUGGUACCAAUGGAGACAAAGUAGAAGCCAAGUUUGCAAGUAUAAAUUCUAUAAAAUGAAAAAAAUUUAAACUGUGUUUGCCGUUUUACUUCAAGUCUCAACUUUUUAUAAUUUUAUUCAAUGUACAUAAUUGUAAUAUAUC